AUGUAUAUAUAUUUUUUCUUUGCAGAGUAUUUACCAACUGAAUUAGUAGGUUUAGUACAUGGAUUGGAUAAUAAUGUUGUUACAUUAAAUGUUUUUAAUGCAAAUUACAAAUUGAAUGAAUUUAUUUAUUCAAUAAAUGAAAAUCAAUUAAUUAAAGGAUUUCCAUUUGGAUUUUAUUCGGGUUAUAACUCAAAUUUUAAAAUUUGUGUUUCAGGCUUUGUUAAUACAAUUCAAAAUGAACAAAUGGUAUUACAAUGUAAACCAGUGACUUCAUCAACUAUUCUUUCCUCAACGAUUCCAAUAAUUUCAGGUGAUACCACUCCUCCAAAGUUAACAAAUUUUACAAUUUUACAAUUAUCACCAUUAAAGUAUUUAUUAAAACUUCACAUUGUUUCAAUAAAUGAAUUAUUUCAAAUAAAUUCAUUUACAAACUCUGGUUCAACCGAAAAAAUUGGAUUAGAAUCAUUUGUAAGUGGUAAUCUUUUUGAAGGUGAUUAUGAAAUAAUUUUAUCAACCAGAUCACUUAAUAAAAUUCAAUUAAUUGAUAGAGUUAGAAACAAAGUUGAAUAUAAUAAUUUUGAUAUUAUUUCAUUAAAUCCAAUUUCAAAAUUUACUUCACCAUUUAUUUCAUAUAAAUUUAAUUUAAAUGAUUUUAAUGAUAUUUCAUUUUCAAUUAAUGAUUUAAAUCUUUUAAAUAAUACUGGAGAUGUACCAAUGUCAUUAAUGUUAUUAGAUCCAGUUUCAAUUUCAAUUAAUGAAAAUAUUAGAUAUCCAAUUAAUUAUAAUGAUGAUAUUGAAUCAUUUGAAUGCAAAUUUAUAAUACCAUCAAAUAAUAUUUUUGGUGAAAUACCAUAUGUUAUAUUUUUUUCAUUAACCGGAAAGAUUUAUAAUAGUUUAUUAUCAAGUUCAGCACAACUUAGAGUAAAUGAAACAUAUUUAGAUAAUCAAGGUCCGUUAAUAAGUUUAAUUAUAAAAAAAAAUAAUAUUGAUAAUAUAAGUGGGUCUGAUUUUGUUGGUUGGACAUUUAGAAUUUUAGAUGAUUAUAAUGGAUUUGAAAGUGGGUUUAUUAAAGUAAUGGGUUCAAAUGAUAAUUCAAUUUAUAAUUUUAAUUUAACAUUAAAUGAUUUACUAUAUGGUGAUAAAUGGAAUGGUACUUAUAAAAUUGAUAUUCCAGUUGAUGAAACAUGUAUUUCACAAGAAUUUGUAAUUAUCCAUGUUACUUUAUUAGAUGCCAAUAAAAUACCAUCAAUUUAUAAUAUCUAUUCAGAGAACCAAAAAUCAAUUUCAAAUCCAUUUAUUAAUUUUUACAAUGAUGGUAUUAAUGUUACACGUUUACCAAUUACAUGUUCUUCAAGUUAUCCAACAGUAACUGGUAAACCAGUGAUAAUAGAUUUAAAACUUUCAACUCAAACUAUUGAUGUUGGUAAAUUAACAGAUAGAUCAGUGACAAUAAGUGCUACAUUUAAUUUAACAGAUGAAAAUAAUUUCAACUAUAAUUUAACUCCAAUUUUUUAUUUAACAAGUCCAACAUUAGAUUUAAUUGAAUGUGAUGCACCAACUUAUCAAAUAAUAGCAGGUGGUAUUAGAUAUAUAUGUGAAACUGAAAUUCCUAUUGGUUUUGGGUACCCUGGUCCAAUAUUUAUUUCAAUUUAUGGUUUACGAUAUAAAAAUGGUUACUUUGCUGGUUAUCCAACAUCUGAUUUAUUAUUGGUAGGAAAUAAUAAACACUAUUUAAAUACAACAUUUUCAUUAAAUAAUCCAAUCAUUACUUCACAUGAUGAUGUAUAUUCAUAUGGUGGUAAAAUUUGGUUAUAUGGAAUUGGUUUUAACCAAAAUCAAACAGUUUAUAUAAAUUAUUUAAAUGGUGGAUUUAAUAGUAAUAUAUUCGAGGCAAUUGAUUCAAUUUCAACAUAUUCAAGAGCAUUUACAAUAGCAAUUAAAGAAACUGAAUAUCCAUUUAUUAUUAAAAUCAUUUCAUAUGAAGGUGUUAUAUCAAAUGAAUAUUUAAUUAACCCAAUUUUAUUCAUACCACCACCACCAGUGGAAACUCAAACUCCACUUCCAACAAAUAGUCCUCAAGUAUGUAAAGGUAAUCCCCAAUGUGGUGGUUCAAAACAAGGUUAUUGCUCAUCAACUGGUUGUAUUUGUUAUUCACCAUGGGUUGGCUUAUCAUGUCAAUCAAAGGUUGUAAUUGUACCACCACCAAAAUUAAAUGAAACUAAACCAUCAAUAAAUAUAACCAAACCUUCAAAUGGAAGUGACGAUAAUUUAUCAUUCACUGCACUAGUUUCAAUUGUAUCAUUAAGAGAAUUAGAUUUUAAAAAUAAUGUAAUUAAAACUUAUAAAUUUGAUAAAUGGAUUCAAACAAAAUUAAAAGAUAAUCGAUAUCAGUAUAUAGUAAAUUUAGAAACCUCUUUUAAUAAUAAUACAAAACUAAAUUGUACAACAACUGUAAUUACAGAAUGGUUUAAUAGUACAACAAAUAUUACAUUUGCAAAUCAAAAUUUAAUAAUGAACCCAUCAUCAUUGAAAUAUAAUAUAAACAUUACAACAUAUCCAUUUGAAAAUCAAUUAAAUACAUUACAAUUAAUUAUUCAAGCAAAAGCAAUUUCAAAUGAAAUUGAUUAUAAUUCAUGCUCAUCUAAAGAUUUUGGUGAAACUGUUAAUGAUAAUUCAAAUUAUGUACAAUUAAAAGUCAAUGAUAAUAGUUUAUAUGGUAGAUUUAUUAAAAGAGCAAUAGUUGAUGGUAAUUUAAAUUCUAUUAAUAAUAUUAUUCUAAAUGGUCAAAGUGAUGAUGAUGAUAGUACUACAUACUAUUCAUCAGAAUCUCUAAUUGCAAUAUCAAUACCAUAUUAUAAAAAUUUAAUUCAAUUAGACCCUGAUUUUGGUAUUCUUUUAGAUAGUGAUUCAGCAAAUUCAAUUUGUAAAGAAAAUAGUGAAAAUAAAUUAUCAACUGGUGCCAUCAUUGGAAUUGUUUUAGGAUGUGUUGGUUGUGCAAUUUUAAUUACAAUUUCCAUUUUCUUGGCAAAAAAAUAUAAAUAUCACCUUAGAAAUAUUAAACCUUUAAAAUUAAAAAAAAUGAAAAAUUAG